AUGCUUUUUGCAAAUCAGGCACAGCAAGUGCUUCGAGAAGGAGCGUCGGAGGAGAAGGGAGAGCGCGCGCGUUUGAUGAAUAUUAUGGGUGCUAUUUCUGUUGCAGAUAUUGUAAAAACAACAUUGGGCCCCAAAGGCAUGGACAAAAUUCUUCAGGGUAUGGAUCG